CUUGACAGUUGAUAGAUUUCGGAAAAUGGUUCGUUAUCAACACAAAUAUCGAUUAAAAAUUCGCACUUGACAUUUAGAUUAACACCGGUUAAUGUUUAGCAAAAAUGUAUAAUGAAUUUAUAACAUAAACAUUGAUACUAUAAAAAUGUCAUUCACAAUACUUUGUUCAUUUGUACUUGCUUUUUAUGUAGUGAUAUGGUUUUUUGAUUCUUUCUUCAAGAGUUGUAUGCACUAUCCUUAUUACGCAUUCUUGGACGGAACCGGCUUGAAAGUCGGCAUAUUAAACUUUUCGUGGACAACUGCUGCCUUCAAUCGCUUUUUGUACAGGUGGAGUAAGAACUUAUCUAGGAUACUUCGGAAAUGGUUUACAUGUGGAUAUGUUUUCACAGUGUGGCUGUUCCUCCCGUUUGCUCUGUGGACACUACUAACUUUCAUACUUGAACACUUUUAUGAUCCAAUAGACAUUGGCAGUAUGCCAGAGAUCAGAGGAGCUUUACCUGGAGUAAACAUACCAAUCUCGGACUUCUGGGUAUACUUCCUAGCUAUGGGAAUGAGCAGUAUAUUCCAUGAGCUAGGUCAUGCAUUAGCUGCAUCUCAAGAAGACGUACAAUUAAUUGGUGUAGGUAUUUAUGUGUUUGCUAUAAUACCUGUAGCAUUUGUUCAGUUAAAUUCUGAACAUUUGAAUAGUCUUGCAAUUACCAAGAGAUUGAAAAUUUACUGCGCCGGUGUUUGGCAUAAUGUGGUCUUAGCAUUUGUUGCUAUGUUACUUUUCUUUUCCGCACCUAUUAUAUUUAGUAUAGCGUAUGAGACUGACGUUGGAGUUAAAGUUACAGCAAUGUCUGAUGGAUCACCGUUAAAAGAAGUAAGAGGUUUUAAUGUAGGGGAUGUAGUUACAAGUAUUAAUGGAUGUAAUAUUAAGAAUGCAAAAGAUUGGAUCCAUUGUCUCCAUGACGCACAUGAUAGAUACGGUAUAUGUACUAGUGCUGAAUUUGUUGCUCAAAACGAUGAGAUAAUGAUGGAGACGGUGAAGGAAAAUGAUGUAGUUGAAUGUUGUAGGAAAGAUGAUUUAUACAGUUUAUGUUUUGAGUAUAUGGAACCGAAAGUUGUGAUCGAUUCAGUAUUACCAGGACAAUAUUCUUGUUUAAAACCAAGGGAUAUGGUGAAGAAUAGAUUGAUUAAAUGCACUGAUCACGGUGGUUACAGUUGCCCACACGGUAUGCAUUGUCUGAAGCCAUCUUUGAAUAAUUCUUUCUUGAUUAUUAUUGAAAGGAAAGAUGAUCAUCCUGUUUUAUAUUUAGGUGUACCUUAUGAUUUGCAUGAGACGGUAACCGUAGACCAGUACUUUCCACGUUUAUCUAUAUUUUCAUUUUUCUCUCCAUCUCAAGUAGAAAAGCUCUUAAGGUAUGUGUUUAUAUUUUCAAUGGGCAUAGGAUUUUUGAACGUAGUCCCUUGCUAUGGUACAGAUGGGCAUCAUAUAACUAGAAGUAUUAUACAAAUUAUUGCGAAAUAUUUGAAUAGAAAUGGUGAUUUCGUAACAUUUUUCACAGUUUUCUCUGUAGUUGUGGGAACAGGUGUGACUGUACCGAUUGCAUUAUAUGUUUUCUACAAAGAAGUUUAUAUGUAUAACUAGUUUAUGCCAAAAUGCACCAUAAGUUAAAAUAUGUCAAGCCUGCUAUACACCUUCAGUUUUAGAACAUUUGAAUUUUAUAGUUUAAACUGGAGAUGUGUAGCAGGCUUUAUUUACGUAGUUUUGAUACUGCUAAUCAUUUUGUAAAUAUGUAGGCAAUAUUGUUUUUAUUUAAUAAAAAAAUAGUUAUAAACCGCUUUUAUAAAUAAAUAAUUAGAUUACACAAAUAAUUUACCUAAAUGUUGAGGUUUAUAUUAAGUAAUGUUUGUGACAUUAUAAACUUUUGUUAAACUGUGAUUUUGUUAAAAUAAAGCUACUUGAGUAUGAAAAACAAUAUUCUUAUUGUCUUUUUUAAUGCAUUUAUUCAAUGCACUACAUUUUUAGACUUAGAAGUGUGUUAAAAGUAAUUAUAUGCAUAGUUCACACUUUACUAGUACAGUUAGUCCAUCAACUGGCCCAGUGUAAACAAUGGCGCCAGAGUACAUACAAUCUAAGACUGGAUACAACUGUUCUGGCCAAGUGUAAACCAGAUAUCUGUUGUAUGGUAACAUAUCAAAAUGUAGCAAUAGAAUAAUUCAGUUUUAUAUAAAGGCUUCCAAUAAUAGUAUAAAAUAAGACAAAAAUAUAGUUAAAAAUACCUAGUGGUACACCUAUUUAUGGUUUUGUAAUU